UGGUUUGAUCUGUGAGCAGGAGAAGGAGUUUUCCUGUUGUCUUUGUGGUCGUGAAGCUGUGUGGAUUUGGUCCAAAGGAAAGUGCCUGGAAGUGUUCUGGGUUGGAUGGAGCUUGGAGCAGCCUGGCCUAGUGGAAAUUGUCCUUGCCCAUGGCAGGGGUGUGCAGUUAGAUGUUCUGGAAGGUCCCUUCCAAACCAUUCCAGGAUCCUACACAGACAAAAUCCUCGUGACUGCAGGGACAGAAGCAGCUUUGCUGUUUUCCAUAAUCCCAGCCCAGCAAGGGCUGGCACCCCUCAGCCUUUUGGGGCUGCAGCUUUGCCAGCCAGGAGAGCAGGGAGUGGAGGAGGAACCAGGGGGAGAUUAAAGCUCAGCAGGGUUGUUCUCAUUGGCCACCUUCAAAUUGCAGCUUGUUAAUUAAGGCUUUAGGAGCUCACAAAUAGCCCAGCUCUGUCCCCAGGAGCCUGUGCUGCUGCCACUGCUUUCCUUGGCUGGAAGGGAGCACGAGGAAGAGUCAUGCAGGGACCAAGGCCAGUGGUUCUGAGUGGCCCAUCAGGUGCAGGGAAAAGCACUUUGUUAAAGAAAUUGCUCAAAGAUUAUGAGAACAUCUUCGGCUUCAGCGUCUCCCAUACCACAAGGCAGCCGAGACCUGGAGAAGUGAAUGGCAAAGAUUAUCACUUUGUGUCCAGAGAGGAAAUGCAGAAAGAAAUUGAUGCUGGUGAAUUUAUUGAGCACGCGGAGUUCUCCGGGAACAUGUACGGGACAAGUAAAGGAGCUGUGCAGGCCGUGCAGGCCCAGAACCAGAUCUGUGUCCUCGACAUCGACAUCCAGGGCGUGAAGAACAUCAAGAGGACGGAGCUGAACCCCAUCUACAUCUCGGUGCAGCCGCCGUCCAUCGAGAUCCUGGAGAAACGACUACGGGACCGAAAGACUGAGACAGAGGAGAGUUUACAGAAGCGUUUGACUGCAGCCCGCGUGGACCUGGAGCUCAGUAAAGAGCCUGGGCUGUUUGACCUGGUCAUCAUCAAUGAUGAUUUAGAAAAGGCCUAUUCUGAAUUGAAGGAGCUGCUGCUGGAGGAAAUCAAGAAGACCGAAGAAUCCAGGAAGUCCUGAGCUGGCCCUGCUUGGGCGUUUCAAUUUUGCACAUCAUUCCCGAAGCACGUCGCAGCGUUUUAUUCCACAAGACAUUCCCUUUAGGCUGCUCCUACCCCCAACUCACCCUAGGAUGUUUAUAUUAAAAGGAA